AACCCAAUAAAAAAUCAUCAUCUCAUUCUUUUAAGUCUCUUCUUUCUUUCUUUCUUUCUGUUCCCUUCUAUAUCUCAUAGUCCAUAGUCGACAGACAAGAGAGAUAGAGAGAGAUGGCGGCAUCAGCGGCAGGCGGUGUCGUUGCAGGAGACAUAUGGAGGGCGCAUGCGUCCAUGGCGCUGGUUCAGUUAUUCAACGGAGGGUACCAUGUGAUAACCAAAGUGGCCCUUAAUGUUGGGAUCAACCAGCUCGUCUUCUGUGUCUUUCGCGACCUCCUUGCCCUUUCCAUCCUUGCCCCCAUCGCCUAUGUCCGUGAAAAACGGGUUCGACUACCAAUGACUAGACGCCUCCUCGUGUCAUUUUUCUUUCUUGGGUUAACUGGGAUAUUUGGGAACCAGCUUUUGUUUCUUAUUGGUCUUGGCUACACAAAUCCAACUUAUGCUGCUGCCAUACAGCCUUCUAUUCCAGUCUUUACUUUUCUAUUGGCUACAAUGAUGGGCACAGAAAGAGUGAACUUGCUCAGAACUGAAGGUCAGGCCAAGGUUGGAGGUACACUCAUAUGUGUAUCUGGUGCCAUACUAAUGGUUCUAUUCCGUGGCCCAGCUUUGGUUGGAACUGCAGAACCAGACUUCUCAGCACAUAGUGAAAUAAGUGCCAAGGGUCAGCCAGAGCCUGCUGGAUGGUUAAUGUCUAGUUUUCUGGAGUUUGGGCUCGACCAUUUUCACCUUGGAGUCUUAUGCUUAUUAGGGAACUGUAUGUGCAUGGCUGCGUUUCUAGCCAUUCAGGCUCCACUUCUGGCAAAGUAUCCUGCCAGCCUAUCAGUCACGGCAUAUUCGUACUUCUUUGGUACUCUAUUGAUGGUGACGACGGCAUUCUUUAUGACCAAUGAGACAACAGACUGGAGUUUGACAAAAUCUGAGUUUUUUGCUGUCAUUUAUGCUGGAACUAUUGCGUCUGCCCUUAAUUAUGGACUCCUAACAUGGAGCAACAAGAUAUUGGGCCCUGCUUUGGUUGCUCUCUACAAUCCACUCCAACCUGCAGCUUCUGCCUUCCUGUCAAGAAUAUUUCUUGGAAGUCCUAUCUAUUUGGGAAGUGUUUUAGGGGGAUUUUUAAUUAUUGCCGGUCUUUAUUUGGUCACUUGGGCGUCUCAUAGAGAAAGACAAGCAGCUCUGGUGGUUAUUCCUCCUCAUGUUAUCCGGAGUUCUGAACCGCUCAUUCACAAAGAUGCAUUGAUUAACAAGAUACCAUACCAGAGAGGUCACAUUUUCUCAGGAGCCUCCGCCUCACUGCCAAAAUCCUCAGAUUAACCAACAUAUGAUAGGAUUUGAUGUGAAGUCCUCAUAAUUCCAUCUUUUUUACUGUAGACUCUGCUUGCAUAAAAUAGCAUCGUCUGUCAUGUCUUUUCUAUUUAUUGUCUCUCUCAAAAGUCCAAAGAAGACACGCUGUUCUAUAUUUUCUAUUUCGAUAGGGUUUUUUGUCUUUCAAAAAUUCAGUUUCUUUGCAUAUACUUUGUCCUUUGAUUCCCUCAGCUUUGGGGUUUGACGUUCCUGGUAAAUAGAUUAAUAGCAUUGAAUGAUGGCCUUGUCUUAGCCACUUCACCUGAGCAGUAUUUAUUAUUUUGGCUUACACGGGAAAAGGAAGAAUCCUCAAUGUUAGCUUCUGCUGCAUGUGCUAGAUUAAAACUUGCUGGCUAUUGGAAGGCUAUGUAAACGGAAGAGGAAUAAGGCUAAAAACGGUCAACACUGGAGGAUUCUUCUAUCUUUUCCGUAUUUGUUUUAUUAUUAUUACUUGUUUAUUGUUAUACGAAGAAUAUGAUCCUCUUGAUUCAUGAAUGGUUUUUUUUGUCUUUA